UACGAGAGGACGAUGCCAGGAGAAAAACAGCCCAGAAACAGACAGCCGCCAGGAUUGCAACACCCCUAGGAAGGAAGGCUGGGGGUUAACCACUCUUUCUUGUCCGGGAAGCUGUCCCACACUACACGUUGCCACGACCACCACUACUACCACAACGUGUUCUACCUUCCCAACCAGCCAGCUGCUCCUGGACUUGCGUUGAUACGGAGGAUAUUGCAUCACUAAGUUUCCUCAACUCUCUAUGAGCAACUUCUGAGACGUAGUGUGAAAAAAGGUCCCAUCUCAACUCUGCAACCAUGAAGCAGAAGGUGGUGGAUCUGACCCGGACGUGCUGCCCGCCGUCCCCCGCCGAAUCCGAGCCGGACCUGAAGGCGGCGGCAGGUGGCGGCACGGAGGAGAAAAUGGUCAUGAAGCGCGAGAUCUCCCUGGGCAACGGCAUCUGCCUGAUCGUGGGCAACAUGAUCGGCUCGGGCAUCUUCGUGUCCCCCAAGGGCGUGCUGAUGUACAGCGCCUCCUACGGGCUGUCGCUGGUCAUCUGGGCGCUGGGCGGCAUCUUCUCGGUGUUCGGGGCCCUGUGCUACGCCGAGCUGGGAACCACCAUCACCAAGUCGGGCGCCAGCUACGCCUACAUCCUGGAGGCCUUCGGCGGCUUCCUGGCCUUCAUCCGCCUGUGGACCUCCAUCCUGCUGGUGGAGCCGGCCAGCCAGGCCAUCAUCUCGCUCACCUUCGCCAACUACCUGGUGGAGGCGCUCUACCCCACCUGCCAGCCGCCCUACGACGCCGUGCGCCUCAUCGCCGCCGCCUGUAUCUGCUUGCUGAUCUUCAUCAACUGUGCGUAUGUGAAGUGGGGGACGCUGGUCCAGGAUCUCUUCACCUACACCAAGCUCGCCGCCCUCAUCCUUAUCAUCACCAUCGGCAUCAUGAAGAUCAUGGCAGGAGAGACCCAGAACCUUGAGAACCCGUUUGAGGGCUCGGCGCUGGACUCUGGCAGCAUCUCCCUGGCCCUCUACUCCGCCCUCUUCUCCUACUCCGGCUGGGACACACUCAACUUUGUCACAGAGGAGAUCAAGAACCCAGAGAGGAACUUGCCUCUGGCUAUCGCGAUAUCCAUGCCCAUCGUGACUGUGAUCUACCUGCUGACCAACGUGGCCUAUUACGUGGUGCUGGAUAUGCCCUCUCUACUGGCCAGUGACGCAGUUGCCGUGACCUUCGGGAAUCAAGUCCUGGGCCCCUUUAACUGGAUCAUCCCCAUCUCCGUGGCGAUGUCCUGCUACGGUGGCCUGAAUGCCUCCAUCAUCGCAGCCUCCAGGCUAUUCUUUGUUGGGGCGAGAGAGGGACACCUCCCAGACAGCCUGAGCCUGAUCCAUGCUGACCGCUACACACCCAUACCUGCCCUGAUCUUCAAUGGGGUGAUGGGACUGAUCUUCCUGUGUGUGGAAGACGUGUUCCAGCUGAUCAACUACUUCAGCUUCAGCUACUGGCUGUACGUGGGCCUGUCUGUGGUGGGCCUCAUCUAUCUACGCAUCACCCAGCCCGACAGACACCGACCGGUGAAGCUCACCCUGCUGUUCCCCUUCAUCUACUGCCUGUGCAGCCUGUUCCUGGUGAUCGUCCCUCUCUACGGCGACACCAUCAACUCCCUCAUCGGCAUAGGCAUCGCCCUGUCUGGCGUACCUGUGUACUACCUGUGCAUCUACCUGCCUGAGGACAGGAGACCCAAAUUCCUCAGCCGCCUCAAUGCUGCCGCCACCAAGUUCACCCAGAUUCUGUGCUACUGCUGCCUGACGGAGCUUGACAUGGAGCCGGAUACGCAGGCGAGUGGGAAGAGCGAAUGAGCUCCGUCCAGAGAAGGACCCCCAUCUCCCCAUUUCCUCCAUCACCUCUGCUGAGAACACAUGCCUGGAGCAUGCUGUGGCCAGCCGAGUGCAGGCCCCUCAAAAAGGCAAAACACUUGACAAUGAGGAUAUGGGUGGGUGUUCACAUGGAUUGACCCUGCACAGGCAGUGACAUGACGGGGAUGAACAGUUACAAACAUCAGGUGUCAACAACAAUCAACUCCCAUGUGUAAUUCUGUCUUCAGGUGCAGGCAAAGACAACUCAAACAUCCACAGCAGGACUAAAGAGACAAAAACAGUGUUAGAGCCUUUUAGCUAAAUGUGAGGAAAAUGUGCCACAUUCACUACGUUUACAUGACGGUUUUAAUUCCGAAUUAAUAAUUCCGAAUUAAACAGUUUUGUAGAAUUUACUUUGAUCUUACAUUUAAUUCCGAAUUAAGAAGUGUUUGUAUGACGUUUUCAAAGUGGAAUUAAACUUUAUUCAGAAUUAAAAUGAGUUCAUUCAGUAAUAUCUCAUGUAAACGUAGCAAUUGACUUGAAACUGUAUAAGGUCGUUCUUAAAUGCUUUCUGUACGUAAAUGUAUAGGCUAUGUGCUUGAGUGUAGACUGAUUAUAGAGAGUUGCACAAAUGUAGAUUUUGUAUAGUAUAAAUAGAUUAAGUGUGUAACCACCAUAUUUUACAGAAUAUGACUAGCAUAAAGAGUAUCAGACAACUUUGUGAAGUGAGCAGAAACCAGAUUCUUUCCUUCUUACUGCACAAGAAAAACAAAUGUUUGGGGAACGUUGUUGUCCGGUUGUUAACUUCUAUGGUAUAGACAUGCCUCCCAUUCAGUGCCAUGGUUUUACAGCCCUGAAUGUAUUCUUUUCCUUAAAGGAAAGACUGUCAGUUGUACCUUUUUAAAUGAUUUGUACUUUUUUAAAUCUACAACAUAUCUUACAUACUGCACUUUAAUGAGUGGGUUUUGCUCUUGUUGUGGGUAGUUUAUG